CCCGUGACCUCCUGCACCUAGCCUGGUACAGCAGUCAACCCAAGACACCUGGGUCUGUCCCGUGACCUCCUGCACCUAGCCUGGCACAGCAGUCAACCCAAGACACCUGGGUCUGUCCGUGAGCUGUCAGCAGGGAGCCUUCCACACUUCACUUGACAGCCUAAAAGUGCACCUAGCCUGACACAAGCACUGUUGUGAUGUCACCACCACUUAGCGGCGAACGGAGUCUGCUGUGCGCCUGUGGGUGUGCCCUCUUGAGGCUACCUGGGGGAUCUUUGUCUUUGUGCGAGCAGGCGUUUGGGUUCAUGACGCGCGUCGCGAUGCAGGCCGAGAAGAUGAAUCACCACCCAGAGUGGAGCAACAUCUACAAGCAGGUGAGCGUGACCCUCACGUCGCACGACUGUGGUGGGGUCACGGAGCGCGACGUGCGGCUCGCUCGCUUCAUGGACAGAGCGGCCGCCACCACCACUACCACCGCCGCAACCACCGCCGCCACCACCGCCACCACCGCCACCACCGCCACCACCGCCACCACCGCCACCACGGCGACGACGAAGACGACGUGAAGAGGGGGCGGCACACGAGCUCUGUGUGCCCACGAAGACAACGAUCGUGAUGAAGAUGAUGGUGGUGAUGGUGGUGACAGUGACGACGACGAUAAGCAUGAUGCCUGUGAUGUAAGCAUGAUGUUAACAACGGUGAUGAUGAUCACUGCAGUGAUGGUAUGACAGUGACGAUGAUGACGAAGAUGAUAAGGAUGAUGUCUACGAUAUGGAUGAUGUCUACGACGAUGAUGACGACCACCACGAUAUGACAACGAUGAUGACGACCACCACGAUAUGACAACGAUGAAUCGUAUGUUUGACGAUGGCGAUGAUGAGACUGAUGAUGGUGAUGCAAGCGAUGGAACUCCGUGGGUGACCCGUGCUCCGGUGAACACCAGUGACAGCGCGGGGGUGACGGUGGCGUAAUAGUGAUGCCAAUGAUGAUGUCGAAGGUGAGAUGGUAACCAAGAUGAUGACAUCAUGUCAGUGGUUGGUUGAUGGUGACAGCCGUGAUGAUGGUGAUU